AGAAACCCCUCCUCUAAACAGGAUAUUACCGUGAAACUGAGGUCAGGAGUUCUCUCUCACAGCCAUCUUGGAUAUAGCGUCCCAAGUCGCAACCAUGCCUGGUGAAGCCACAGAAACGGUCCCAGUCACCGAGCAGGAGAUGCAGCAGCCUCAAGUGGAGACCGCUACACCUCCUGCCCCAGCUACCUCCCAGAAACCUCAGGCAGCUUCUGGCCCUGCAAAGCCUAAAGGCAAAGAUGCCAAGAGUGCACAGGGUGCCUCUGCCCCAAAGGCUGUCCCUGGCAGAAGAAAACGAUCCUCAAUGUCUGCCUCCUCCGCUUCUCCCACCUCACCUAAAUCUGCUUCCUCCAAUACCCCCAUGUCGCCUUUGUCGCCUGUGUCCCCUGUGUCCCCUGUGCCAUCUCCCCUAGCUGCCUCACCUGGCAGUUCUCCUGGUCAUGCUCACCGCUUCACCCCAAAAGUUGUCAAGGCUGGCAAACAGGGAAAAGUUAAGAAAGGAGAGGCAUUUGUGCCUGCCCCUACCCCUGUUGAGUGCAAGGUCAUACCAGAACACGAAAAACCAGUAGAGGCUGUCCCCAUUCAAACUGUAGUUGAAGCCAAACCUGUUGCAUUUGUGCCUGCUCCUGUGGAGUGCAAGGUCACACCUGAAAAUAUAAAACCAGUAGAGGCCAUCCCCAAGCAAGCUGUAGUUGAAGCUAAACCAGCUCCAGUUGAGCCAAGCAAACCCUUCCCAGCCGCUGCAAAGCCUAUUGCAGCUCCAGCUGCUUUUAAAGUUACCUCAAAGCCUGCUGUGGCAGCUCCAGUUUCAUUUUCAGAUACUCUUGCCUCCAGCCCUCCCUCGUCAUUUGAAUUUAAGGCAUCUUCACCAAAAGCUGCUCCUGUUAUUGCAGCUACUGAUGAUGAUCUGCCUCCCCUCAUCCCACCUGAGAAACCAGUUAAAAUGCCAGAACCAGUACCCCCUGUAGAGCCCAAGUCUGUGUCUGUUGAGGCUGCUAAACCAGCUCCCAUUGAAGCUCCUAAAAUGUCCCCAGCCAAAAUUGAGGCCAUUAUGGAGGCCCCCCCAAGCAAACCUGCUCCCAUUGAGAUUAUUAAGCCUGCUGCUGAAGCCAAACCUACACCGGUUGAAGCUGUUGAGGCCAAACCUGCUCCGGUUGAAGUUAAGCUAGCUGCUGAAGCCAAACCUGCUCCUGUUGAGGUUGCUAAACCUGCUGCUGAGGCCAAACCUGCUCCUGUUGAAGUUAAGCUAGCUGUAGAGUCCAAACCUGCUCCUGUUGAGGCUGCUAAGCCAGCUGCUGAGGCCAAACCUGCUCCUGUUGAGGCUGCUAAGCCAGUUAUUGAGGCCAAACCUGCUCCUGUUGAGGCUGCUAAGCCAGCCACUGAGGCCAAACCUGCUCCUGUUGAGGCUGCUAAGCCAGCCACUGAGGCCAAACCUGCUCCUGUUGAAGCUGCUAAGCCAGCCGCUGAGGCCAAACCUGCUCCUGUUGAGGCUGCUAAACCAGCUGCUGAGGCUGAACCUGCUCCUGUUGAGGCUGCUAAGCCCGCUGCUGAGGCCAAGCCUGCUCCUGUUGAGGCUGCUAAGCCCACUGCUGAGGCCAAGCCUGCUCCAGUUGAGGCUGCUAAGCCAGCUGCUGAGGCCAAACCGCCAGCUGUUGAGGCCAAAUUGGCUGAGGUUAAGGAGGCACCUGCUGAGGUCCCCAAGCCUGCCAAACCAGCAGCUGAGCCCUCAUCUACUCCCUUAAAACCAGCUCCAGUUGAGCCUGCUGUUCCUGCCCCACCUCCCCACAAACUCACAUUUGCUGAGGCAGUUGCAAAACCAGCUCCUGUUAAACCUGUAGUAAUCAGCACAGCUCCCUCUGAGCCCAUCUCACCACCCAAACCUGCACCCACACCCGCUAAAACCCCAGUCAAGCUGGAGCCUGUGAUCAAGAACGACAAGGGAUCCGGUACUGAGUCAGACAGCGAUGACUCAGUCCCUGAGCUGGAGGAACAGGACUCUGCACAGACACAGACACAGCAAGCUCAGCUUGCAGCAGCUGCCGAAAUAGACGAGGAACCUGUCAGCAAAGCCAAACAGAGCCGCAGUGAAAAGAAGGCACGAAAGGCAAUGUCAAAGCUUGGUCUCAGGCAGGUAACAGGGGUCACCAGGGUCACCAUUCGCAAGUCAAAGAACAUCCUGUUUGUCAUCACCAAACCAGACGUCUACAAGAGCCCUGCAUCAGACACAUACAUCGUCUUCGGUGAAGCUAAGAUCGAAGAUCUGUCCCAGCAAGCCCAGCUGGCUGCCGCAGAAAAGUUCAAGGUACAGGGAGAAGCCGUAUCAAAUAUCCAGGAAAACACACAGACGCCAACAGUACAGGAGGAGAGCGAAGAAGAAGAGGUUGAUGAGACCGGAGUUGAGGUCAAGGAUAUUGAACUCGUCAUGUCACAAGCCAACGUGUCGCGGGCGAAGGCUGUACGCGCCCUGAAAAACAACAACAACGACAUUGUCAAUGCUAUUAUGGAGUUGACAAUGUAAGGGAGACCCUGGCAACAAAGGGUUGAAGAAAGGUUGCUGAUUUAAGCUCAUUUAUACAAUUUAUACCCAAGAUGGAAAUAAAGUUGUGGCUUGAUAAAAUGAAAA